GGUUGAGAUUUAAUGAUGAGUGUGGACCCAGAGUCAUCCCCAUUCUAUAAAUUAUCCCACUCCGACAUACCUCUUCUCAACACUCUCAUCUCAUUACAAAAGAUGCGCAGUUGGAAACUUCUCCUGCUCUGGGCCGCUCUCAUGUUCGCGGCCUUGGGAGUAAAAGUGUCUUUUCCCAUCGCCGCCACCCACCUCCCUCUCGUAUGGACCUUCCUCCUUCUCUGCUUCAAGCCUCCUUACCUCUUCCUCCUUCUCAACACCAUCAUCAUCUCCAUCGUUGCAUCCUCCAGGUUCCACCACUCCAAACCUCAAUCCGAUCCAACUCCUCCGCCACCUCUUCAACCCAAAUCCCUCCUCCAAGAACAAGAAGUGGAAAAGGAAAUAAUCCACCAAGAAAUCACACUCAAGAGAACAGACUCAACGGAGAUUCCAUCGUCCACGGAGAAGCCUCUCGUGUCUGCUAGGUUCACUCACCGGAAAUUCCUUAAAUCCACUUCUGAAGGUGGGAGAGCGUUGAAGGUGGUGGGCAAGGCCAAACGGCACGAAACGUUGGAGAGCACGUGGAAGGCCAUAACGGAAGGUCGAUCCGUGCCAUUGAGCAGACACAUGAAGAAGUGUGACACGUGGCAGAGCCGCGGCAACCUCGCUCCGUCUCUUGAAAACAAGUCCGGCGAGAUCUUCACCGACGUUUCCACCGCCGGGAGGCUGCGGAAAGAGCCGUCGCUGAGUCAAGAAGAGUUGAAUCGGCGCGUGGAAGCGUUCAUACGGAAGUUCAACGAGGAGAUGAGGUUGCAGAGACAAGAAUCCUUAGAACAGUACAUGCAGAUGGUUAGCCGCGGUGCCGCUUAGUCUCAAUGAUUUAAUAUUUUGUUAGUUACAUUUUACAGACAAAAGGAAGAAAAAACAGUGUAAAUAGUUGAAUAGGGUAUAGACAGUGAUAGUUUUGCAGUUGAA